GGAAUUUGUUCUAGAGUCGCAUUUUUGAGAGCGAUUUUCGGCCAAUUCUACCGAUCGUGAGCAUGUUGUGCCACGAGCAUAGUAUAAAUAUGGCCGUCUGACCCGUCGAGGUUUACUUGUAUUCCAGGCUCAGAUCUCCAGAACACAAGUAUCCGCAUCAUCAUCAUGAUUCCCGCUAUCCUGACCGGAGUUUCCAUGCUCGCAGGCUCUGCCUACGCUUCGGCCGUGCAACCCGUUCGCGCCACCGGAGGAUGCACCAACAUCAAUUCGUACUCCCCGGAGACUGGAACCACCGGCUACUUCAUGCUUGCUGCCACCGACUGCAAGAACGUUACCGCGCCGGAUCAGGCUUGCCCUAUUGAGGGAUUUGGUGAUACCAGCGUUGUCUUCCGCACUGCUGGAGAGACUGGUAUCCAUAUGGGAUAUAUCGCCAUCGGCUCCGAAAACGACGAGGCCAAGAACCCCAUCAUCUGCGAUGACUCCUCUCCUUCUAUCCUCAACGGCCUUGUCGAGACCGGCGUGAGCGGAUACAGCUUCCAGCCAUUGAACAUCAGUUCUAUCCCCUAUACCGCGCUCAUGAUGUGGGGAUUGGACGAGCAGGCGUCCGUCCCGGUCGACUUUUACCACCACUAUGUGAACGGCACGCAGCAGGACGGCCUGUUUAUUGGCGCCAACAAUGUCACUACUUGGGCUAUCAAGGAGUACUCUGAUUCUGGAUCGAAGCUGCCGUACUGGUUGUUCCGUCUGUUGGGGCCCGAUAGUGAGGAUCCUAUCACUGGUGCGGCAUUGGAGCAGGGGGAGUUGGUUACCUAUAUUAAGGUUAGAUAUUAGUUGGGAGGAAUCCACAUCUGUGCCUGCAGAACACGGGUUAAUUGUUGGAUGGGAUUUGAGUUCCCUGCUCUAUUAGUGGACAGGAGAGUUACCUCCCGCAGACGGGUCAAUCAAUAUGUUGAAC